AUGACCUGUCGUGGAAGAGCUCUGUCGGCUGUUGGUGAGCCUGCUGUCGUAGAAACGCCUUCAGGGAGAGCUGUAUUUCAUACAGUAUGGGGAGCUAUCUCUUCCGCAGGCGUAAUAAAUGUGUCCAUGAGAGAACUGGACAACGUAAAGAGGAGAGAAAUAGCCGGAGCGACUAAGCGUAAAGCACCAGGUGAUAGAGUGUCAGUUCCUGAUGGAACUACCGGUGCUCACUAUACGCACUUCAUUGUUGGCACAAUGGAUAUUAUGGGCACAUUUCCAGAUAUGCAAGGGCAUCGUAUUGUUAUGGACAAUGCUCUUGUUAAGGCAAAGGUUAAAAGUCAUGCAUUGAAAGACACAUAA